AUGAGCUAUAUUCACCCCUCAUGGAACUACCAGGGUCACCAGGGUAUCCCAAUGGACCAACACAUGGCAUACGACCCGUCCAUGGUCCCUCCGCCGAUGAUGCACCCUAUGGAUGGCUAUAUGUAUCACCACCCGCCAAUGGAGAUGAUCGACUACUACCACCAACCGAUUAUGGACUACGACGAAUAUACCGAAAAUCUGUCACGACCGCGGUUGACCAAGGAACAAGUUGAAACCCUAGAGGCUCAAUUCCAGGCUCAUCCGAAACCAAGCAGCAACGUUAAGCGUCAAUUGGCGGCUCAGACAAACUUGAGUCUGCCUCGCGUUGCAAACUGGUUUCAGAAUCGUCGCGCAAAGGCCAAGCAACAGAAACGCCAGGAGGAAUUUGAAAAGAUGACGAAGGCCAAGGCCGAGGCCGAGGAGGCUGCUCGCCGGAAAUCAGAGACCUUGGACCAACUGUCGGGAUCCCGAAAAGGAUCAAUUGCGAAGGAGGAGUCGGAGAGAUCCGCUACUCCUAAGCAAACACCUACCUCCACGUCCAGCGGUCAUGCCAAGACAGAUUCUACAUCCAGCCGUUCCAAGCACCACAAAACAAAGAGCGAGUCGGCAAGAGAAGCAACUUUCGCAUCUCUGCAGAGGGCGCUGAAUGCUGCCUGUGCUGGCCGGGAUCGAUUCGGUCGCCGGAUUAACCCCCGGAGCAAGAAUGAGUCCGUUCCCGAAGAAGAAGACGAAGAAGAGACAGUGUCCCCUGGCUCAAUGCCACCACCGAAGACGACCACUCCAGCUAGUGAUCAUGGGAACCUUGCCAACAUAAACACUUCCUUUUCAGGUUGGUCUGGUAUCAAGGAAGAACCUUCCUGGGGAUCUGGCGGGCACAAUGAGAAUAUGGGAUACAACACAGAGCAGACCUCAUAUUCCGCUUGCCACCAAUCAAUGGCAGAGAUGUCAAAUCACCCCCACUCUAUGCAUCAGAACUUGGACGUCUACUCGAACCACCUAACCCCUCACAGGGACGAGUGGUCUCAGGACAGCAACCCACGACACGAACAACUUGUCUACAGCAACAUGCAAUAUCCAAUGUCCAUGCAGGCACCAGAUAUCUCCGUCACACGUCGUGAGUCUUCUGAUGCGCUGACUGCCUCACUGGAGGGCAUUGGAAUCUGUACCGGCCAAUCUGGGAUGUCUCAAUCCGUCGAUCGAGCAGACGGGAUUUGGAAGGAACCCGGCAAGGAGCUUGAUCUCGCCGCACGCCGCAAGCGCCCUCGUCCCGCUGCCAUUGGCACUUCGGGAACUCGUCCCUUGGCCAACUCGACCUCGAUGUCCUCGCUCUCGCCUACCGCUCGUAUGCCUAAUCACAGUGCUGGCAACUCGAUGAGACAAUCCAAGUCAACUCAGAGCCUCAACUCCCGGUAUGCAGGCGUGAGGAAGGCAUCGGCUGCCCAGCGCUCUCCACUCAACUUCACUUUUGCGGAUUCUGGUUCUAUCAAGAAGGCCGAGCAGAUGCUGCGACCCUCGCUCUCGACCACUAGCCUAGCUCCACCCACUCCCUUGACUCCGCAAGACCUCCAGAAUUUCAUGCCUGCCUCCCCCGCGGAUAGCAACUACUGCAUGUCGGCCCACUCCACAGCCCACUUCUUCCCUACUUCUCAACCCAUGCAGGUCAACAUGGCAUCACCUCCUGCUACGCCAAUGGAUAUUUACUCUCCCUUCCCUUAUCAAAACGUUGCUCCCCCUAUGUCAGCUCCGGCUCACGUCUCUUCCUUCCCCGAGUAUAUCACAUGUGACUCGAUUCCCAUCCCACCCCGCAGCUGGGCCGACACUGCUUCCAUAUCUUCGCCCGAGUACCCGGCUGGUCUCCAGGUGCAUUCAACCACUGUCUCGCCCAUGGGCUAUAACGCGACCACCGACCAUACCGGGCAGGCCUUUGGAAUGGAAUCGGUCUCUGGAUCUCCGUCUUUGAUCUAUUCGAUUGAAGAUACCGAUAUGCCAGGCUCUGCAGAGCUCGCGGAGAGGAAGCGGACUGAAUUCAUGAUGCACGAAUUCCCAGAGCACGAUCUCCAGUAUGGUGGCCAUCACUUGCCAUCGAUGCAGAAGCCGAAAGCCUACACGUUCGCAAACAACACGACACCAACCCUUGUGGGCCUAGCUGCCGCGCAGGCAUCAAUUAUCAAUUACUCCGCGGUCACAGGCUACUUCCUGCAAGAUGAGGCUUCGACUGAUGCCUCUACAUUUGACUAUACAGCGGAGAACUUCGGCCUGAUCGCCCGCUCAUAUCCCGCAGACAAGAAUCACAAGAAGCACGAAUCUCUGACCCAAUGGGAACGCUUCUACCGCCAGGUCACUGCGUUGAAUGAUCAUUCCCCCAAGGACGUCGAGUACAAGGUUCUGUUCCUUGGUCGACAUGGCGAAGGAUGGCACAAUGCCGCCGAGACCUACUACGGAACGCCAGCGUGGAACUGCUACUGGUCCGAGCUCAGCGGCAACAGCACAGCAAGCUGGGCAGACGCCACACUCACACCCGACGGCAUCUCGCAAGCGCUCAAAGCAAACGAGUUCUGGCAAAAGGAGAUCGAUGAACAACGAAUCCACACCCCAGACCAAUACUACGUCAGCCCGCUGACACGCACCCUGCAAACCGCCAAUCUAACCUUCACGGGCCUGGACCUCCCCAGACACAGCGCGCCCUUCAAGCCUACCAUCAAGGAGCUCUUGCGCGAAGGGAUCAGCAUCCACACCUGCGACCACCGCCGCAGUCGCAGCUACAUCCACAAGCUAUUCCCGCACUGGUCCAUUGAGCACGGGUUCAGCGAGGAGGACGAGCUGUGGAACGGCGUGACGGCCGAGUCGAGCGGCGCGCAGGAUAUCAGGAGCGCCCAGGUCCUAGGUGAAGUGUUCUCCGCUUCGCCCAAGUCGAAGACGUUUGUGUCGAUCACGUCGCAUUCGGGUGAAAUCGCCUCGAUUCUGAGGGUUAUUGGGCACCGGACUUUCAAGCUGAAUACCGGUGCUGUUAUUCCUGUGUUGGUCAAGGCUGAGAAGGUUCGCGGUAAGGCGUCGACUACCUCUGUGCCUUGGGAGGUGAGUCCGCAUUGUACGGAGCCGCCGGUUACGUCGGUUACGGCUUGUGUUUGUCCUUCCAGUGCGGUGCCUGUUACGACGGCUUUGGCUACUGGAUUUUAG